GAGGUGAAGAUCUUCCGUGCCUUAAUCCUAGGGGAGCUGGAGAGGGGCCAGAGCCAGUUCCAAGCACUCUGCUUCGUCACACGACUUCAUCGCAACGAGAUCAUCCCCAGCGAGUCUAUGGCAAAGCUGCGGCAGAAAAAUCCCAGGACAGUGCGGCAGGCUGAAGAGGUGCGGGGCCUGGAGCAUCUCAGCAUGGAUGUAGCUGUCAAUUUUAGCAAGGGGGCCCAGCUGAGCUCUCACAUCCACAAUGUCUGUGCAGAGGCCAAAGAAGCAAUCUACACCCGAGAAGAAGAUGUCAAAUUUUGGCUGGAGAAAGGGGUGGAUGGCUCCAUGUUUGAGGUCCUGCCGCAGACGUCUGAUCUCCCUGACCUGCAGCGUUGCAAGCUGUGUGCAGACCGCUGGAAACCCUGCAUUUGCAGCUACUCUCUGAGCAUUGAGUGGUACCCGUGCAUGCUGAAGUACUGCAAGAGUCGCGACGCUGGGGGCAAGGUUUCCUCUUACAAAUGUGGCAUCCGCAGCUGCCAGAAGGGCUACACCUUUGAUUACUACGUGCCCCAGAAGCAGCUGUGCCUCUGGGACGAGGAGACCUAGCAGAGCCAGGCCAGACCUUUUCAAGGGGCAGCUCAUCUGCCUCCUUCCACCAUCGGUGAUGCUAAGGGCCUCCUGGAGCUGACUGCUCCAAAGAAGGAAUACAUUUCACAGCGGUGCCUUGUACCAGGAGAGCUCUGUGUGUGUGCCUUUCCUUCUGGCCCCCUGUGACUCCCUCCUCACCUGACGCUGCCUCAUACUGUGAU